AUGCACAGGUCUGCAAUCAGAGCGAGUCCCUCGAAUCUACAAUCCGUGCGGAGCCAAAAGCUUUACCAUCCGAGCAGUGUUACCCAGGUCUGCAAUCAGAACGAGUCCCUCGAGUCUACAAUCCGUGCGGAGCCAAAUGCUUUACCAUCCGAGCACAGUAAUAUAGAGGUCUGCAAUCAGAACGAGUCCCUCGAGUCUACAAUCCGUGCGGAGGCGAAACCUUUACCAUCCGAGCAAGGUUACUUAGGUCUACAACCAGAACGAGUCCCUCGAAUCUACAAUCCGUGCGGAGCCAAAAGUUUUACCAUCCGAGCAGUAAUACACAAGUCUGCAAUUAUAGCGAGUCCCUCGAUUCUACCAUCAGUGCAGAGCCAAAAGGUUUACCAUCCGUACAGUAAUACACAGAUCUGCAAUCAGAACGAGUCCCUUGAGUGUACAAUCCGAGUGGAGCCAAAAGAUAUACCAUCCGAACAGAGAUACUCAGGUCUUCAAUCAGAGCGACUACCUCGAGUCUACAAUCCGUGCGGAGCCAAAAGCUUAACAUCCAAGCAAAAAUACUCGGGUCUGCAAUCAGAACGCGUCCCUCGAGUCUACAAUCCAUGCGUAGCCAAAAUCUUUACCAUUCGAGCAGUAAUACACAGGUCGGCAAUCAGAACGAGUCCCUCUAGUCUACAAUCCGUGCGGAGCCAAAAGCUUUACCAUCCGAGCAGUAAUACACAUGGCUGCAAUCAGAACGAUUCCCUCGAGUCUACAAUCCGUGCGAAGCCAAAAGCUUUACCAUUCGAGCAGCAAUACACAGGUCUGCAAUCAGAACGAUUCCCUCGAGUCUACAAUCCGUGCGGAGCCAAAUGCUUUACCAUCAGAGAAGUAAUACACAGGUCUGCAAGCAGAGCGAGUCCCUCGAUUCUACCAUCGGAAGUAAUACACAGGUCUGCAAUCAGAACGAGUCCCUCGAAUCUACAAUCCGUGCGGAACCAAAAGCUUUACCAUCCGAGCAGUAAUACAGGUCUGCAAUCAGAACGAGUCCCUCGAGUCUACAAUCCGUGCGGAGAAAGCCAAAAGCUUUACCAUCCGAGAUAUAAUCAGGUCUGCAAUCAGAACGAGUCCCUCGAGUCUACAAUCCGUCCGAGGAGGUCCAAAAGCCCUUUACCAUCCGAGAGCCAAAGGUUACACAGGUCUGCAAUCAGAACAAUCAGAACGAGUCCUCCGCCCAAAGUCUACAAUCCGUGCGGAGCCAAAAGUGCGGGCCAAAGCUUUACCAUCCGAGCAGUAAUACACAGGUCUGCAAUCAGAACGAGUCCCUCGAUUCUACAAUCCGUGCGGAGCCAAAAGGUUUACCAUCCGAGCAGUAAUAACUGUUCCCUACAGUCUGCAAUCCAGAACGAGUCCUUUCGAGUCUACAAUCCGUGCGGAGCCAAAAGAUUUACCAUCCGAAGCAGGGAUACUACAGGUCUGCAAUCAGAACGAGUCCCUCGAAUCUACAAUCCGUGCGAGCCAAAAGCUUUAACAUCCGAGCAGGAAUACACAGGUCUGCAAUCAGAACGAGUCCCUCGAGUCUACAAUCCGUGCGGAGCCAAAAGCCAUCCGAGCAGUAAUACACAGGUCUGCAAUCAGAACGAGUCCCUCGAUUCUACAAUCCGUGCGGAGCCAAAAGCUUACCAUCCGACAGGUCUGCAAUCUGAAUCAGAACGAGUCCCUCUAGUUCUACAAUCCGUGCGGAGCCAAAAGCUUUACCAUCCGAGCAGUAAUACACAGGUCUGCAAUCAGAACGAGUCCCUCGAGUCUACAAUCCGUGCGGAGCCAAAAGCUUUACCAUCCGAGCACUUUACCAUCCGAGCAGUAAUACACAGGUCUGCAAUCAGAACGAGUCCCCCGAGUCUACAAUCCGUGCGGAGCCAAAAGCUUUACAUCCGAGCAGGGUUCCACAGGUCUGCAAUCAGAACGAGUCCCUCGAGUCUACAAACCGUACGGAGCCAAAAGCUUUCCCAUCCGAGCAGUAAUACACAUGUCUGCAAUCAUAACGAUUCCCUCGAUUCUACAAUCCGUGCGGAGCCAAAAACUUUACCAUCCGUGCAGUAUUACACAGGUCUGCAAUCAGAACGAGUCCCUCGAUUCAACAAACCGUGCGUAGCCAAAAUCUUUAACAUCCGAUCAGUAAUGCACAGGUCUGCAAUCAGACCGAGUCCCUCGAGUCUACACUCCGUGCGGAGCCAAAAGCUUUACCAUCCAAGCAGUAAUACACAUGUCUGCAAUCUGAACGAUUCCCUCGAGUCUACAAUCCGUGCGGAGCCUAAAGCUUUACCAUCCGAGCACUUUACCAUCCGAGCAGUAAUGCACAGGUCUGCAAUCAGACCGAGUCCCUCGAGUCUACAAUCCGUACGGAGCCAAAAGCUUUCCCAUCGGUGCAGUGUUACUAAGGUCUGCAAUCAGAACGGGUCGUUCGAGUCUACAGUCCGUGCGGAGCCAAAAGCUUUACCAUCCGAGCAGGGUUACUCAGGUCUACAAUCAGAACGAGUCAUUCGAGUCUACAUUCCGUGCGGAGCCAAAAGCUUUGCCCUCCGAGCAGGGAUAUUCAGCUUUACCAUCCGAGCAGUAAUACACAGGUCUGCAAUCAGAACGAGUCCCUCGAAUCUACAACCGUGCGGAGCCAAACGAUUUACCAUCCGAGCAGUAAUACAUAAGUCUGCCAUCAGAACGAGUCCCUCGAGUCUACAAUCCGUGCGGAGCCAAAAGCUUUACCAUCCGGGCAGGGUUACUCAGGCCUGCAAUCAGAACGAGUCCCUCGAGUCUACAAUCCGUACGGAGCCAAAAGCUUUCCCAUCCGUGCAAUGUUACUCAGGUCUGCAAUCAGAACGGGUCCUUCGAGUCUACAAUCCGUGCGGAGCCAAAAGCUUUACCAUCCGAUCAGUAAUACACAGGUCUGCAAUCAGAACGAGUCCUUCGAGUCUACAAUCCGUGCGGAGCCAAAAGCUUUGCCAUCCGAGCAGGGAUACUCAGCUUUACCAUCCGAGCAGUAAUGCACAGGUCUGCAAUCAGACCGAGUCCUCGAGUCUACAAUCCGUACGGAGCCAAAAAAAGCUUUCCCAUCGGUGCAGUGUUACUUCUGCAAUCGAACGGGUCGUUCGAGUGUUAGUCCGUGCGGAGCCAAAUGCUUUACCAUCCGAGCAGGGUUACUCAGGUCGUCCGAACGAGUCAUUCGAAUCCAUUCCGUGCGGAGCAAAAGCUUUGCCCUCCGAGCAGGGAUAUUCAGGUCUGCAAUCAGAACGAGUCCCUCGAGUCUACAAUCCGUGCGGAGCCAAACGAUUUACCAUCCGAGCAGUAAUACAUAAGUCUGCCAUCCGAACGAGUCCCUCGAGUCUACAAUCCGUGCGGAGCCAAAAGCUUUACCAUCCGAGCAGGGUUACUCAGGUCUGCAAUCAGAACGACUCCCGAGUCUACACUCCGUACGGAGCCAAAAGCUUUCCCAUCCGAGCAAUAUUACUCCAGGUCUGCAAUCAGAACGGGUACUUCGAGUCUACCGUCCGUGCGGAGCCCAAAGCUUUACCAUCCGAACAGGGUUACUCAGUCUACAAUCCGUGCGGAGCCAAAAGCUUUACCAUCCGAGCAGUAAUACACAUGUCUGCACUCAGAACGAUUCCCUCGAGUCUACAAUCCGUGCGGAGCCUAAAGCUUUACCAUCCGAACUGUAAUGCAGAGGCCUGCAAUCAGAACAAGUCCCUCGAGUCUACAAUCCGUGCGGAGCCAAACGCUUUACCAUCCGAGCAGGUUUACUCAGGUCUGCAAUCAGAACGAAUCCCUCGAGUCUACAAUCCGUACGGAGCCAAAAGCUUUCCCAUCCGAGCAAUGAUACACAUGUCUGAAAUCAUAACGAUUCCCUCGAAUCUACAAUCUAUGCGGAGCCAAAAACUUUACCAUCCGAGCAGUAUUACACAGGUCUGCAAUCAGAGCGAGUCCCUCGAGUCUACAAUCCGUGCGGAGCCAAAAGAUUUACCAUCCGAGCAGGGUUACUCAGGUCUGCAACCAGAACGAGUCCCUCGACUCUACAAUCCGUACGGAGCCAAAAGCUUUCCCAUCCGAGCAAUAUUACUCAGGUCUGCAAUCAGAACGGGUCCCUCGAGUCUACAAUCCGUGCGAAGCCAAAAGCUUUACCAUCCGAGCAGUAAUACACAUGUCUGCAAUCAGAACGAUUCCCUCGAGUCUACAAUCCGUGCGGAGCCAUAA